AUGAAGAAAAGAGAGUACUUUUUCCUGAAAUUAAAAUGUCAUCCAGAAUCUUAUUAUUUUAGUAGAAAAAUCAAUUAUUCAACUAAAUUAAAUGAAAUGUUGGAACAAGAAGAAUUAAGUGACAAGUUUGUAAUUAUGGAAGAUAAUAAUAAUGAUAUGAGUGAAAGUUUAGCAAAUUGUGUAAUUAAAGAUUAA